UCUCAUCCGGCCAGUGGAUCAAAGUCGUUCGAAGGAUAGUUCGAUAUUUCGCGGUCGCAGGGUUUCGCACGCGCGUUCAACGACCGAUCUCGAGCACUGGAUCCCGAUGAAGCGAUCGAGAGAUGACAGUGCGACAGGAAGACCGGAAGAGCAUGAGACACAGCAGCUCCUGGCCGGACCGGGCGCCCCAGACGGUGAAAGUGCGCGUGGACCCGUUGUCGCGCGCCUUCACUAUCAUCCCGACCAUUCGGGAAACCCUCCAUCCGCUACUCGCUUCAAACACCGAUUGGAUCAACGAGAUCGUCCUCCUAGAUCAUGGCGAUCCAACGUCGCUCGGAACCAAGCGACGAUUUGCCGACGAGACCAGGUUUACACAACAAACCGCCGAGCUAGGGGAAACUUUUGAACUGCGACCUUUAGUACCCGACGUUAUGAACCAGCAUUUUAGCAGGAACGAUAAUCACGAGAACAGGGAGGACGAGAAAGAUCAGAUCGAUUUGUCGGAGUCGAACUUCAGGGUCGAUGAACACCAAAUCACGGAUUCGAAAUCGGUGGAAAAGAACUUACCCGAAGAAGCUGCACCGGAGAUAAACAUCGAACAAGAUCAUCCGAAGACUAAUGUCGAGGUACAAGAUCCUCCGAAGACUAAUGUCGAGGUACAAGAAGAUCCUCUUCCCUUAGAAACCAUCGUGAAGAUCGAAUGUCGGAAUGCGAGCGAAGAGACAGAAAAGGACGCGGCAGGAUCGUUGACCCCGAAGAGAGGCACCCCGUACAUCCAAAUAGUGGAUUACGAUUACAUAACAGCGGCGGAGAACAUGCAACACGCGUGUCCUAAGUGCACGUCCGAGGGUCUUCUUCGGCAACGGGUGGACCCUUUUCGAUCGCCGGUGUCUAGCAAGAAGAGCAACGUGGUUAGGGGAGGCCGGUGUCAGGGUAAGCCGGAAACGUUCCGUAAAUAUUCCGCGACGGAGGCUAAAAUGAGGAGCAGCUGGCGCAGAAUAGGAGCGAGCAGUCUAAUUGGAGGUGCCAGAAGCAAGGAGAGGGAAAAAUAUGGUCGGAAGAGGAACGGUAGCCCGCUGUGCCGGCCGAUGAACGAUGCGAGAAAAGAGGCCACCCUGAGGAGGCACUACUAUCCGGAAGGAGGAUGGGGAUACGUGAUUGUCACCUGUUCGGCGCUCGUUCAUCUCCUCGGGAUCGGUUUGCAGUUAGCGGCGCCAGGCAGCUGGCAUCUGACCGCCGAAUUGAAGUUCCAUCAGCCUGCUCUUCACAGUGCAGGAUGGCUGGGAGCAAUGUCGACGGGAGUGGCUUUGCUAGUUUCGCCCGUGACAAUAGCGUUUUGUCGACGAAAAAGCACAAGGCUUACCGCGGUGUUGGGUGGCCUCGUUACAGCACUCGGUUGCCUCUUCACUUCUUUCGCCUCGCAAUUCCACCAGUUGUUCUUCAGCUAUGGCACCGUUGUGGGCAUAGGGGUUGGCAUGACGAGGGACUGCAGCACUCUUAUGGUGGCGCAAUAUUUUAAGAGGAGAAGAGAACUUGUCGAGAUUUUCAUCGUAUCCGGAAGUGGCCUUGGUAUUGCUGUUAUGUCUGCUUUUAUAAAAGGAAUGAUCAGCAAAAUUGGAUGGCGUUUGGGUCUUCAAGCAGUGACCGGUGUAGUUUUUCUAACUUUCAUCUUAGGUACCUUUUAUCGAAGCGCGUCUCUCUAUCAUCCACAACGUCGAGCGAUUUUGCAUCUGAAGAACCAUAAACGCAAGAUUAAAGACAAGAACAAGACGGACGACAGACCUCCCUUCUUCGAUUUUAGUACCUUGAAGAGCAAAACCGUAAGGAUACUUCUAGUAUCGACUGGGAUAUCUGCCUUUGGGAUCAAUACUCCAAUAUUUUACUUGGCACAUCAAGCCGAGGAAGAAGGACUCGGUGACACCGUAGUUCUACUUCAAGCUUAUCUCGGCUUGGCCUGGACCCUCGGUUGCGUGGCCUUUGGUUUGUUAGUCGUGCAUCGCAGCGUCGAAUGCAGGAUCGCACGUCAGUAUCUUACGCAAGCUGCGAUAUUUGUAUGCGGACUGUGUAUUCUGGCCCUCACUGCCGUGCAAGGAAAUUAUCAUGGAUACGUCAUGUUCGCCUGGAUUUACGGUAUCUUUUGCGGUGGUUACCACUACAGUCUCAAAAUGUACACCUACGAAAGAGUCAGAGCUAGGAACUUUGCCAGAACGUGGGGCUUCGUGCAAUGUUCUCAAGCCAUACCCAUAGCUAUUGGAGUCCCAAUUUCAGGUUACAUGAACGUAAGUUGCGGAGGAAAGGCUGGUUAUUAUUUCAGCUCAACCUGCGUUCUAGUGGGUGGCUUCACACUCUUCUUCAUAGACCUCCACAGAAGAAAUUUGUCUAGACACAAACACACCAGGUCUAACGGGACCAAGCACCUCUGCGUCUCGGACAAUUGUCCACAACGCCGGAAACUAUCGUUCAGUCAGGAACCGGAAAACGAUGGUCCACAUGUGGCUACUGCUGGGGCUGCUGCAGCUGCACUUGUUCUAGGCACUGAAAUAUCUCCAACUCCAGGUGAGAUGAUCGACGCUCUAGCGCCAGAGAAGCCCGAGCUAACAUGCAUCUCCGAAGAGGGUAUCGCAGAUAUGGAUCUGCCUGACAACAUGCUCGAGGAUCUCGAUUAUAUCGGCGACUGCAUAACCUCGUGCAACAAAGUCGAGAACUAUUUGAUGCUGUCGGAGUUCGAGAAUAACUUGAUCGCCGAGAUGCCGAUCAUCAUGGAUCGCCGAGGUCGAAGGUGGUCCAUCGCGCGAUCGAAAGGUGGUCAACCAGCUAUCGAACGACCUGCUACUCUUCAAUCGGCAAACGAGGAAACCGAUUCGAAGACGAAGUGGCAUGUGACUAAUGUGCCUCCUAAUAAUAGGGUGAUCACAGUAAUCGACGAAGCUAGCGCGUAGCUCGAUGGACCCUUUUGCAUAACGAUUCGUUAUGGUGCAAUUUGGUGCGAACUCAGAAGGAAAGACACUCUGAGAUUGUGCUAUCAGCGUGCCUUUCUUUCUGCACCGACUGUGUAUAUACGAGAUGUGAUCUUUCUUAUAUUUUAAUUUCGCAAAAUUUACAGUCGAAGUUUGGUAAUUAUCUUGUGUACAUUUGGAGUGUUCGGAAUUUUGGAAUGAUUGCAAUAGUACAAAACUGAAUGGUGUAAAACUUGAUCUACACAUUUUCUAAUUCUUGAAUUCUCUUUCAUAUACAUAAAUUUUAAAUCCCUAAAUUCUUAAAGUUCCAGAUUCUUAAAUACCCAAGUCUGCUUAAGUUUUCAAGUCGUCGAAUCUUCAAAUCUAUCGAUCUUUGAAUUCUCAAAUCCUUGAAACAUUAAACUUCUAACUCUUAAAAUCCUCAAAUCUUCAAAUCUAUAAAUCUCCGAAGUCUCAGAUUC